AUGGCUUUUAGUUGGGCGGUUUUGGCAUCUUGCUUUGGCCAGUCCAAGGCCUCCGUUGUUCAAAACUCAACCAACAAGACACCUCAGCAGGCCUAUCAUGAAGGGGCGGUGUUAAUUGAUGUGCGCACCCCCGAAGAAUUUGCAUUGGGGCAUAUGUCGGGUUCAAUUAACAUUCCAUUGCAAAUCAUUGAUCAAAACAUUGCGGAAAUUAGAAUCAUGAAAAAACCCGUGGUAUUGGUUUGUCGAUCUGGGCGGCGCAGUGCUCAAGCCCAAUCGAUCCUUUUGGAACAAGGAUUAACCGAA